AUGGCCGAUCUCAACGAUUCCUCCCAGCUUGGAUCAGUCUCGCACGCCAACAAUAACAACAACAACAACAACAACAACAACAACAACAACAACAACAACAACAACAACAACAACAACAACAACAACAACAACAACAACAACAACAACAACAACAACAACAACAACAACAACAACAACAACAACAACAGCAACAGCAACAGUCCCGGAAGAACCCCUAAGAAAUUCCUCCGCCAGCAUCGACCUGCGUCGCCGGGAAAAGAUUCCUCAUCAUCACCGUUUAUACCUCCAACCAAUGAUUUUGGAGAGCAUAGCGAUGUUUUCACACAUAAUAAACCAGCAAAGUAUCCGUCGUCGAGUCGGGCAGGCACCAUCGUCGACCAACCGAUACAGGAGGAGAUAGAACUAGACGGAAAAGAUGGCGAGGUCCAUGAUGGCACCGGGAUACCUCCUGAGGGCCAGAAUAAUCCGGCAUCGACAGACCAUGAAUUAGCGGAACGAAGGCAGUCUUUGGACUUCGCGGCUGGUCAAGAGGAUGGCAAUAACGAUAUCUCAGCCAAGGACCGGAAACACUCUCUUUUUAAUAAAUUAAGAGCAUUGGCCGCUACUCCAUCGUUCCCUUCUCAUUCGCGAUCUGCAAGUGUGGCUACGGCUCCUAUAGGAACAGGAAUUGACAAUGGCCCUAUCAACCAUGAUUUACUCACCCCCGGGUCGGAGAGAGGAGAAUAUCCUUUCCCCGAGGCAGCAUCAGACGCCGGAAGUGAAGGAGAUGCAGAUGCAGAGGAAAGUGCAGGAGAACAACGAUUACGUCUGCGCAGAAGAAGAAAAACGCAACGGCCACGACCAACGAAAGAACUUAAAGAACCACACGACUCUGCCCCUGCAACUCCCAGGCCUAAUGCAACAACACCUGGGAUUUUCUCUUUUAAUUCUUUCCAUCCCUCAGAGAUGACGAGACCUAGUCUCUUUCUACGAAGGGCUAACACUGAUAUGUCUGGUCACCUUCGUGACCCUGUUUCAGAAGAUGAAGGUCGAAAUAGACUCAACAUGGAUUCUCAAUGGAGGAAGCGAAGCAAUGCAUGGCUAUCUAGUGCUCGUGGACUGACGUAUAGCGGACGCACGGACACUCAAAAUACAAACAACACCAACAACAGUGCCAACACCGACGAGAGACGGCCUAUGAAUUUCAGGAGGUUGACAGCCUUUGCCGGUCCAAGCGGAGAUCAGGAAGGUAUUAGAGAAGUCUGGAGACGGCACAAAGCCGAAAGGGGAUCGAGUCUUAGUGCGCAAAAAUGGCGCCAAAUCAAAGCUGGAUUGAAAAUGAUUGGACAGAGGCGAAAAGCAGACAAUACGAUAGAUCAUGCCAAGUCUGCAGAGCUAUUGGCAGAGUUGACCUCUGGUAUUCCCGCCGCUUUGAUACUUGCCAGCAUGUUCCAACGUGAUGAGCAUGGGAGUAAACGUAUUCCCAUUUUAUUGGAGCAGCUCAAGGUGCAGAUUACGGAUAGUCGAUUUGAUUCACAUUCUGGAGAUCGACAUCUCGUGUUUCGUAUCGAGUUGGAAUACGGAAGCGGAAUGACUCGCAUGAAGUGGAUUAUACACCGCACCCUAAGAGACUUCGCCAAUCUGCAUUUGAAAUACAAACUGCAAAUUGGAACUCAAAAGUAUAUUCAGUUGAAAACGCAAGAAAGUGGACACUUCCUGCCUCGUUUUCCCAGAAGUGCAUUUCCAUAUCUACGUGGUGUCCGAGGUCUUGAUAGCGAAAGAGAAGAGGAAGACGACGAUGGCGGUGGCUAUGAAACUGGAGCAGAAGCAACCAGCGGUAAUGAAGCUCGUCGCAAAAUGAAGAAACGACGUUCAUCAUUUGCUAUAACACGUCGUCGGUCUAGUACUGGAGUCACUUUGGAAAAUGAUGCAACUGCCGGUGAAGGUGCAGCGACCGCAACAAGCGAGAGGAGAUCUUACUCUGAACGGCAACGAAAGAAACUCGAGAACUAUUUGCAGAAAAUGAUACGGUUCUUAAUUUUCCGCCCUGAUAGCAAUCGGUUAUGCAAAUUUCUCGAGUUGUCUGCAUUAGGUGUUCGAUUAGCAGCUGAAGGUAGUUACCACGGGAAAGAAGGCUUUUUGAUUAUACAAUCGGCUAAAGGUCUUGAUUUCCGAAAAGCUUUGAGGCCAGCCCUGCUCAAGAACCGACAUUCACCAAAGUGGUUUCUUGUACGUCACAGCUAUGUCGUCUGUGUUGAUUCACCAGAAGAGAUGAACAUUUACGAUGUAUUCCUCGUGGAUCCCUACUUCAAACUACAAUCGCAGAAGCUUAGGUUAAGGGAUCAAAAGGCAAAGGAGAUUGCGCGAACAGCCAAAGACUCAGCAGCUCACCCUCAACACCACACGCUGAGACUGGAAAAUUCAGAGCGAAAGCUUCGAUUACUGGCUCGCAAUGAAAGACAGCUGCAUCAGUUUGAAGAUUCUAUCCGGUUCAUGGUCGAGAACACACCGUGGUCAAAACCUAAUCGAUUCGAUAGCUUUGCUCCAGUGCGAAAGAAUUGCUUCGCGCAGUGGCUAGUAGAUGGCCGCGAUCAUAUGUGGCUUGUAUCGCGUGCUAUCAAUCAAGCCAAGGACGUCAUCUACAUUCAUGAUUGGUGGCUAAGUCCCGAGCUGUAUAUGCGACGUCCAGCUGCUAUCAGUCAAAAAUGGAGACUUGAUAGACUCCUGCAAAGAAAAGCGCAAGAAGGUGUGAAGGUUUUCGUCAUCAUGUAUCGGAAUAUCAACUCGGCCAUUCCUAUUGAUUCUGAGUAUUCCAAGUUCUCCUUGCUCGACCUUCAUCCUAAUAUCUUCGUUCAAAGAUCCCCAAAUCAGUUCCGGCAGAACACUUUCUUCUGGGCUCAUCAUGAAAAGUUGUGCAUUGUUGACCAUACGCUUGCGUUUGUUGGAGGAAUCGAUCUUUGCUUCGGAAGAUGGGACACCCCUCAACAUUUACUGACUGAUGAUAAGCCUACUGGAUUCGAGUCACCUGAUGGACCGAAGGAUACGGAUCACUGUCAGUUAUGGCCAGGAAAGGAUUACUCCAAUCCUCGUGUCCAGGAUUUCUAUGAUUUGGACAAACCUUAUGAAGAGAUGUAUGAUCGGAAUGUCAUACCGAGGAUGCCGUGGCAUGACAUCUCAAUGCAUGUCGUCGGCCAGCCUGCCCGGGAUCUCACAAGACACUUUGUCCAGAGAUGGAACUAUAUUCUGCGUCAACGCAAGCCUACGAGACCUACGCCGUUCCUCCUGCCUCCACCAGACUUCAACCCUGCUGACCUUGAGGCUCUGGGCCUUGAUGGUACUUGUGAGGUUCAAAUCCUGCGUUCGGCCAGCAGUUGGUCUUUAGGAACUCCAGAUGUGACAGAGCAUAGUAUCAUGAAUGCUUACGUCAAGUUGAUUGAACAAUCCGAGCAUUUUGUGUACAUUGAAAAUCAGUUCUUUAUCAGUACAUGUGAGAUAGAUGGUAGGAAGAUUGAGAAUCUGAUUGGCGAUGCAUUGGUGGAAAGAAUCAUUCGAGCAGCCCACAACAAAGAAAACUGGCGUGCUGUCGUUGUCAUCCCUCUGAUGCCUGGAUUUCAGAACACGGUCGACUCUGAAGGUGGUACUAGUGUUCGCUUGAUCAUGCAGUGUCAAUAUCGCAGUAUAUGUCGUGGCGAGACAUCCAUUUUCGGUCGCUUGCGUGCGGAGGGAAUUGAGCCUGAGGACUACAUCCAGUUCUUCAGUCUGCGCACCUGGGGCAAAAUUGGACCGAACAAGCAAUUAGUGACCGAACAGCUCUACAUACACGCAAAAUGUAUGAUUGUGGACGAUAGAGCGGCCAUCAUUGGGUCUGCGAAUAUCAAUGAGCGUUCUAUGCUUGGUUCGCGUGAUUCUGAAUGUGCGGCCAUUGUGAGGGAUACCGAUAUGAUCUGGUCGACAAUGGAUAGUAAACCGUAUUUGGUUGGCAGGUUCCCACAUACACUGCGAAUGCGACUGAUGAGAGAGCAUCUCGGCAUCGACGUGGACGAAAUACUCGAUCACGAUCUCUCAGCGGAGGCAACAGGACGCACAAGACGGGAUAGUGAAGUCGACGCCGCUUCAUUAGACAGCCAGGCCAACGGAGGGGUCCAUAACGGAGAGCGAGAGAAACAGGACGAGCGUGAAAUGAUUGAGCGCCGUCACCGGAUCCAAGAUGAAUUCCUCGUUCGAUCUGAAGACAUGCACAGUUUUAAUCAUGAUGUUGACUGGGAACAAGGCAAUAAUCCAAACUUGAAAUCUAGCAGGAAACUCACAGCUGACCCACGAGUGACGGAAAAUGCUGAGCACCGAAAUGAAGUUGCUGGAAACGGCGCGGACCACAUGAAGAUAAGCCUCGAAGCAGGUGUUGGAUUUGGCCGUGACUCGGCUAUAUUGCAGGAUACCACUGAAGUGCUCGUGAACGACGUUGCUGCUGAAGGAAAGGGCACGUUGAGUAAUCCUAGAAAGACGCACAAACCUUCUGAACAAGAACAGCUCCGGAAAGACAGUGCAAAAGAAGCUGUUUUACCUCCUACUCCUAGCCAAAUUGAGCCGGCAUUGGAUGUCCCGGAAACUCCAUUCUCCCGACUUCAACCACUUCCACAGACCAACGAUGCCGACAUUGGGGGUCCAAUGCUUCCACACAAAGAGCCCAAUGGGGUAGGUGGCCAUCCUUUGGCAUCCUCCAUCCGACAACCGUUUGUUGAUGAACACUGCAUGCGCGAUCCUGUGAACGAGACAUUCUACUUUGAUACGUGGCACAAGAUUGCGGAGAAUAACACCAAGAUUUACAGGACUGUGUUCAGGUGUAUGCCGGACAGUGAAGUCAAGUCAUGGAAGGAGUACAAGGAGUAUACGAUGUACGGUGAGAAGUUUGUGGAAGCGCAAAACCAGCAGAUAGAGGCUCGAAAGUCGCAGAGUACGGGCGCCGUCAAUAACAAUCAAUCCGCAGUUAGCAUGGAGACGACUGUUCAGCCAGAAGCAGAGAAGACGGAGAAGACUGAGGGUGUUACUAGUAACGGUGAAUCACAAACAUCUGUGGUUGACGAGAAAGCUGCUCUAAAAGAGACGGAUAUAUCUAAUGAUACCAUCCAGCAACAACAGACAAGAACAACAGACAUUGCAGAAGCUGAAAACGUACCGACUCCCACGGAGGAAAUCAACAAAGAGGCCAGAACCCCUUCAGGCUCCACACCCGGACCAGCACCAGGUUCACAACCUGCAUCAGUCGGAUACUCAGGCGCCUUGAACAUGAACAUGACUCAACCCGGGUCAACUACUAGACGUCGACGAACAGCAACCCGAGGCUCGAGAAGAGAGUUCCAUGCUUCCGACGGAGUGAUUGAUUUGCGUCAUGCAGAGGAGUUGUUGGGUAUGACUCAGGGACAUUUGAUUGCUUGGCCUUAUGAUUGGCUCGAGAAAGAAGAACAAGGUGGCAAUUGGCUGUAUACCCUCGAUCAAAUCUCUCCGAUUGAAAUCUACAAUUAAUCCUAUCCUCCGACUCCUCACUCCUUUCCUACCCUCUCUUUUCUCCUUUACAUUCUUAGAUCCGAUUCCACAAUAACACUCCCACUGUCCUAUAUCCAAAUCCUAGACUACAACUUCUUAAACACAUGUCAAUAUUAAUAAUACCAUAUUAGAGUGGCAUUAUCAUUUU